AUGGCAACAGCGUCCUCGGAUUCGCCUUAUGAUAAGGCAAAGCCAUUUCUGGCUGUGGUACUUAUGCAGUUUGGCUAUGCAGGCAUGUCCAUAAUUUCUAAGCAUGCCCUAAAUGAAGGGAUGAGCCAGCAUGUAUUGGUAGUCUACCGGCAUGCCGUUGCCACCAUUGUCAUAGCUCCAUUUGCCUUUAUUUUUGAUAGGAAAGUAAGGCCAAAGAUGACUCUCUCCAUCUUCUUCAAGAUAAUGUUGAUGGGCUUGUUGGAGCCAACGAUUGACCAGAACUUGUACUACACUGGCAUGAAAUACACCACAGCAACUUUCGCUUCUGCCAUGUGCAAUGUUCUUCCGGCUUUUGCAUUUUUGAUGGCUUGGGCCUUGAGGCUUGAGAAGAUUAACAUAAGGAAAAUGCAUAGCCAGGCAAAGAUAAUUGGGACCAUAGUGACAGUGGGAGGGGCUAUGCUUAUGACUCUUGUCAAGGGGACCCAGUUGGAUUUGCCGUGGACAAAAGGGUAUGAUCAACAUGCAUCUACAGGUGGAUUAACCAAGCAGGAUCCUAUUAAGGGUGCUCUUAUGAUCACCACAGGUUGUGCCUGUUGGGCUAGCUUCAUAAUUCUCCAGGCAAUAACAUUAAAAUCAUACCCAGUUGAGCUCUCCCUUACGGCUUGGAUAUGUUUCAUGGGAACUAUAGAAGGUACUGUGUUAGCAGUUGUAAUGGAAAGAGGAAAUCCCUCAGCUUGGUCUAUAGCCUUGGAUUAUAAACUAUUGGCUGCUGUUUAUAGCGGCGUAUUCUGUUCUGGGCUUGCUUAUUAUGUCCAAGGAUUGAUUAUGAAGCGUAGAGGACCUGUUUUUGUGACUGCCUUCAAUCCUUUAAGCAUGGUUAUCGUUGCCAUUUUAGGCUCUUUUUUCUUGAAAGAGAUAUUAUACUUGGGAAGGGUUUUUGGAGCAGUUGUCAUCGUUACGGGGCUAUAUCUAGUGUUGUGGGGCAAAAGCAAGGACGAACCUCCAUCCAAUUCAAGCAAUGAUAAGGUGGCAGCAAGUGCUGCACAAAUGGCUACCAGAACGCAGGAGAGGACGGAGACCUUGAAUCAAGAUUUUGUUGCUCUAGAUCUUACCAAAGUUAGACCUAACGAUGAAUCUGAUUGA